CUAUUCAUAAUUCGCAUACCUGAGUGAAUUGUGCCUUAAAACUGUUAUUCAACAACUUUUGCUUCGAAAAAAGAAUAAAAAAGAACUCAUGGAGAUGAAGAGGGGUAUUUAAAAGCCGUCCCCAAGCUGGUCCACGGCCAGUUUUGCUUACACAACAGAAGAGUGCAUUUCUCCAGGUGCAAGGUAAGAUCGGUUCAAGGAUUCGAAGUAGGGAUACAUACCGGAAAGACCGCUCGGUGUGCUCCAACUUCCACGUGAAACUGAAAGUUAAAGCGUGCACAAUUGUACUAAGAAUUUCACCUGACUUUAAACGCAAUGUCAUAAAUUAGUCGAUGAUAGAAUUUAGGCGCGAAUAAUAUGAACAAUCAUUUUCAUUUUACUUAUUUCUUCAUUCGUAAAAAAUCGUUAAAAGGCAAUUACAGAAUAAAAGCUCAGAGUCGAAUGACCUGUUGAAUCUGUUUUAUUAUACACGACUAGCCGGUUAUUUCGUAGUAAAAAAGAACAAGAAAUAGAACGGGUUGCAAUACUACUGUGAUUGUUUAAAAGAGGCAGAGGUGGUAGAAAGUCGGGAACGGUGGAAUCGUAAAUAUUAGGUCGGCCGCACAGAUACAGACGUUCGAAAGUAACCGAGGAGAAGACGGCAUACUUUAAAAGUGAUAAAGGUCUUAAAGUGUGCAUCAGUUACGCAAGAAGUUAUGAAAUAAUACAAGUGAGUGCAUGUCUCGCGGUCCUUCCGUAUGCAACUUUCUCCCAUGAGUCUGCGUAUUUCACUUUCUUUUUCAAGUGCGCGAUGCAAGGCGCACGUCCCAAAUUAUUCGAAACCGGAUAUCGAGGUAAUAAUCAAUGCAAUUCCCAUCGGAAGAGCAUUAAUUUAUCACCCCCUGUCUCGUUACUUUCUCUUGCCCGGAUGCGUGUCAAAUAUGGUAUCGAAAAAAAUUUCAGGCGCAUCCGAUCGUGAUCCUUUAAAAUGCCGCGUAUUUAAUCUGGCGAUAAUUUAAAAAUCCGGUAUUUAUUUCAAUGCUUAAUAAAAAUUAUUGUUUUUGCAGUAUGUUCUACACGGUGAUCCUUUGUUUGAUUUUAUUAUUACUGCUGCUGUACUUAGGAUCACGAAAACCAAAAGGAUAUCCUCCAGGCCCGAGAUGGUUACCGAUCUUGGGGUGUGCUGUCGAGGUGACUCGUCUUCGCCAAGAAAAUGGAUACCUGUUUAAAACCUGUUCCGCUUUAUGCAAAAGAUACGGAUCCGUGGUCGGUUUAAAAAUCGGUACAGACCGCAUCGUAGUCUUGAAUGAUUACGAGAGUAUUAAAUCAAUGCUCACUGAUGAAGAUUGCGAUGGUAGACCGAUCGGUCCAGUUUACGAAACAAGAACCUUCGGAUCCAGAAAAGGGUUGAUCGUUGUGGAUGAAAACCUAUGGGUUGAACAAAGAAGAUUCGUAUUAAAGCAUCUUCGUGACUUCGGCUUCGGCCGGAAGAGCAUGGCUACGAUUAUAGAAGAGGAGGCUCAAUCGCUCGUCGAGCAUUUCAAGAAAUUGAUCAGUAACGAACUUAAAAAUCGAAUCAACGAAUCAAAAAUAAAUUGUAACAAUAACGAUCACGAUGACGGACAGAUAUAUAAACUAAUCAAGAAGGAAAAAGUGAACGCGUUAACGGAUAAUCCUUCAACGAAUGGAAAGCAACAGAAAGUGAACGAUUUGUAUGUAAAUGCUGACGAGUACGAGGAAGUUAAAAUGAUGUCUCAAUCUUGCCCUACGAUGGUGAUUCCGAUGCACGAUGCAUUUGGAGUUACCGUGCUGAACACCUUGUGGAGAAUGAUGGCUGGUAAAAGAUUCAACCUCGAUGACAAGGAGUUAACUCAUCUCCAACGAAUCCUGACGAAACUUUUAAGGGAAAUCGAUAUGAUAGGUGCACCGUUUGGUCAUUUCCCGAUAUUAAGAUUCAUCGCGCCGGAAAUGUCUGGAUAUAAAUCUUUCUUGGAGACCCAUCAGCAACUUUGGAAAUUUCUGAGGGAAGAAUUGGACGAUCACAAAAAUACAUUCAUACCGGACUCUCCAAGAGACUUAAUGGAUGUUUAUUUAACAGUCUUGAAUUCCAACAACUACAGCAAAACGUUUUCGGAGUCUCAAUUGCUUGCAAUUUGCGUGGAUUUAUUUAUGGCAGGUUCGGAAACUACGUCCAAAACUCUUGGCUUUUGUUUCUUAUAUUUAGUGUUGUUCCCGGAUGUUCAGAGAAAAGCACAUGAGGAGAUAGACAAAAUAAUCGGGCGUAGCAGACCACCGACUUUAGAAGACAGAACAAGAAUGACAUAUAUGAAUGCUAUUGUCUUAGAGUCGUUAAGAAUGUUUAUGGGACGAACUUUGAACGUUCCACAUAGAGCGCUGCGAGAUACUAAGAUAUUGGGUCAUAAGAUACCAAAAGAUACGAUGCUCAUAGCGAAUUUCAAUAGAAUAUUGAUGGACGAAUCGUGGGGCGACCCGGAAGUUUUUCGGCCGGAAAGAUUUAUCGAUGAGAGCGAUAACAUUAUCACGCCAAACAAGUAUUUUCCAUUCAGUAUUGGAAGACAUCGUUGUAUGGGGGAAAAUUUAGCCAGAAGCAAUAUAUUUAUCAUCACUACUGCGUUAUUGCAAAAGUUCACGUUUUCACCCGUGGCUGGCGAGAAACCGUCAUCCCAAGAUUUCGUAGACGGUGUCACUGCUGGUCCAAAACCAUUUAGAGUAGCAAUUUCCUUGAGAACGUAAUCAAAUCCUUUGGUCGUAAUUAAACACAAUCAUUGAAUUAUAAAAUAAGCUGUUAUCUCAUACAUAAUAAUUAAGUGACAUAAAGAAAAAUAAUUUACUUAGAAUAGUACCGCAUUAAGUGUUGCAUCUUAUCAUUCAGAAAAAUAUAUUUCGUUUUAUAUGAAA